AUGGCCAUGUUUCCCAUGGCCAGUCUCGGUACUACUCUCCAACUGUUAUUGUGGCAGUCACAAACCUGUGCUGUCUGGAUGCUGAAGACCACCUGCUCAAAGUGUAGUGAAGUCUUGGCAAGCCCCUGUAUGGAUGAUGCCCCCAAAAAAUAUUCACCCAGGAUUCAGCAGCUAGUUCAGGACAUGGCUAGCCUGACUCUCCUGGAGAUCUCUGAUCUCAAUGAGUUGCUAAAGAAAACUCUCAAGAUCCAAGCUAUGGGACUUAUGCCAGUGGCUGGGAUGAUGUCUGCAGCACCGGCAGAAGAGAACGUUGAAAAAGGAGAAAAGCUCAAUUUCACAGUGUGGUUGACUGGGUUUAAAGCUGAAGACAAGGUGAAAGUUAUCAAGGAAGUAAAGAACCCUGGAGAGAACAUAAACCUUGUCCAGGCAAAGAAGUUGGGGGAAUCUCUUCCUCAAGAGAUCAAAGUAAAUGUUCAUAAAGGAGAAGCAGAGAAGGUUAAAUCAGUUCUAGAGGCAGCUGGAGGCACAGUAGUUGUGGAUUAA